CUAGUCAUUUAGCCUUAACCUUCUCUAAACCCUUCCGUGGUGCUCAAGCAAGCGGUGCACUCCUAGUAGAGCAGUUUGACCGAUAUACACAUCGCGUGCGAACAACCGCUUCUCGUGACAGUAGGACAGAUGCUUCUCACAGGCAAAUACUGCCUUCGUUGCAGGAAGUGUAGCGAAGCAGCAGUACAGCGCAUGUUCUGAGAACUCUCUGCAAGCAAAUGAUGAAUUCUCUGCAGUGAAACGCAGUCCAGGGAGUGGUCAUGGCGAGUGCUGAGAUCACAGUGUCCUCAAGAAACAUAGUGAUGGUGAAGGAAGAGGAGGAGGAAGGGGAGCACUGUGAGAGCCGCAAGACUCAGGUCAUCCUCCAUCUGCAGCCCAUCAUACAGGGGGCAAAUGAGGACAACGCUGACACUGGCUCUACUGUUCUAGCAAUAGAGACGCAUCAUGAAGACAAUCUUGCGGAGGGUGAGGAGGUUGAGUAUGGAUACCCCAUCACCUGUGGCGAAAGCAAAGCAGUCCUCCUGUUUAAGAAGUUUGUCUGUCCUGGCAUCAACAUCAGAUGUGUCAAGUUCAAUGACCAGCUGAUCAGCCCCAAGCAGUUUGUUCACAUGGCAGGGAAAGCCACUCUGAAGGACUGGAAGAGGGCCAUCCGACUGGGAGGAGUGAUGCUCAGGAAAAUGAUGGACUCAGGUCAGAUUGACUUCUACCAGCAUGACACAGUGUGCACCAACACCUGCCGCAGCACCAAGUUUGACGUGUUGAUCAACAGCACCCGCUUCCUUCCGGGCAGCGCCAUGCAGCCCCCCCCUUCCCCUCUGCCAAAUGGAGGCCAUGCUGCAGUGUCAGAUGACAGGCUAGAGGAGAAGGCCUACACUACAGUGGAGUGGAGCCCUGGGCCAGCUGCUCCCAUCACCAGCACAGCCAAUGGACAUGUCAAGAGGAAAAGGGGUGACAUCAUCCCUGAUGGCAGUCUAAGCUUUUGGAGAGGCAUAGCAGACGUUGGCCUGAUGGGGGAGGUGUUAUCCAGUUUCCGCACAGAACUGGUGGCCAUGUUGAGAGGAGUGGAGGUCCGCAGUGAGAAGGCCAUUUUGCAAGAAGCCGAUGCUGUUGUGCUGAACUCCCUUUCUGAGAUGUUUGGGCUGCUGGACUCAGUGAGGAGGGUUCUGGACCUGAGACGUAGUGAGACUGAUGACAACCAGCAGCAGGUUCACAAUGCUCUUAAUGUGCUGGAGGACCAGUUGGAGGACCAGAGGAAGCCGAGGCAGGAUGAGCCCUCACCCAGCCCUGGUCACCUCUACAUGGGCAGCUUCUCCAAGGCCACCCCCUCAAAGUGCCCGCGGCUGCAUCCAUCUAGCUCUUCCACCACCCAGCCUCAGAACCAGACCACACAAUCGUCCAUCGUCUUAUCUCCCAUUACCACAUCCCCAGUGGGUCAGCCUCUCAAUGUGGCCGGCUUGCCUGUGGCCACACUGGCCCAACUCCCCACUGGCUCCCAGCUCUUCACCCACUACAUCACUGGCAACACCUCUGCAGGAAAGAGAGGCAGCGCCAGGUCUGUGGCUCUCCAUGCACCCUCCAGGGUGACUGUGCUCAACACAACCACAGAGUCAUGGGUGGGGACCCCUCUACAGGCGCUUCAUCUAACCCAGAAGAAGGAGCAGGACUCUGGGGACAAGGAGAGCCAGAGACUGGGGGAGGAGAGGAUAGUGCUUGUGCAGCAGGGGGUACUACUGGACACUCCAGGGAUUCAGACACACUUUGCUGGGAACAGUGGGGACUCAAUCAGAGAUGGAGGAAGAGGGGGAGGAGCAGGGGAGGGACAGGAGAGUGAAGGUACAGAAGGAAGGGUUGCAUAAUGUAGAGUAUAAUGUAGAGUCUUUGGCAGGAAGAGGGCAUUAAAAGAACUUAAAACCAAGUGAGAGAAGAGAGAACCGUAAGGAAUACAGUUGAAAGAGAAUCGAGUGAGUGAGUGAGCGAGCGAGUGUGUGUGUGUGUGUGACAGUGUGUCUGUGUGGAAGAGAGCAAGAAGGUAAACUUCGCCAUGUCAUGUAUAGCUCCACACAGAUUUUAGGCUAUAUGUGUUUUAGGCUAUAUGUGUUUUAGGCUAUAUGUGUAACAUAAUUUUAACGUACAGUACUUUUUCACAUGGUGUUUAUUACUGCAGGGCCCAUAGUACUUUAAUUACCCAUGGUCUUCAUCAUCAAAGAUAUUGAUAUACUUAAUGAUAGGGGAGAGUGGGCUAAGUUGAGCCAUUUCUCCGUCAAGGGAAAUAUUGUAUUUUUUCUAACAAAGAUGUCUACAUUUAUUUCAGGAUGUUGUAUAUCCCUGAAAAUAAUCAGAAUUAUGUAUAUAUUACAGUUUUGCUGGACAAGGUAAGUUAAGCCGCCUAUUUCUGUACUGAAUUAAAUAUUACCACUACUGUUUUAAAACACUGUCUACCUUUAUUUCCUAAACACAAAUCAACACAAUCACAAUCAAUUUUUUGUGUUUUAAUAAUUUAAAGCAUAUUUAACACUGGCUUAAAACUCUUUGUACUUUUUUAAAACACAUUUAACUUAGGCCAGGCCCUGUUGUCACCUCAUAUCCCAGCGAUAAUGAGAAGAAAACACUUACAUUUGCUCAACUUGCCAUUGGCUCAACUUUCACCCCAUGGCAAACAUUUUGACUAUAUUAGCCCACACAGCUACAAGGAUGCACUUUCAUGCUAGGUUUAGGACCUCAUAUUGAAACUUAUAGAGACCCCCAACUGAUGUACAGAACGAUCUUAAAAUGAUCUACAUUGGUUUAGAUACAGUACAAGCAUCAUGAAAACACUUAACACAAUAAAUUCAUUUUUUUGGAUCUAACUUGCUUACCACUUUUUCCAUGUGGUUUCUUUCUUCACAGAGCUUUUCCUAAAUAUUUGGUCAUGUAAUACAUGUUUUGUGUAAGGUUUCCUAAAAACAAGAGUGGCCUAACUUACCCUUUGGCUCAGACUACCCCACUCUCAACCUACAGGGUUUUAUCACAACCUCUUCAGUAGUUCUCAUCAACUCCUGUAAAUCACAGCUUGUAUUCAUAAACCGUAUCAGAGUAUAAUUGCUGCUCUUGGAUCAGUUUUGCAUUUUAAAUCAUAAUGAAUAAAAAGGGGGGACCUGAUCCUUAAACAGCACUCCUACUCUGAGACGCACUGUUCCUCUCAAGUACACCAGGAGAUAGGAACCAUCUGUGCUAUUAUCAUUUGGCUGUUUGUUCCAUUCUGGGUUCUGAAUUAUCAUAGCAGAACCCAGAAUGGAACAAACGGCCAAAUGAUAAUAGCGCAGAUGGUUCCUGUCUCCUUUAGUUCAGAUUUGAUUACAUAUUGGCAUCAAAAUGACAGCACAGACUGGGGCAGGACUCUAAGCAAGUCCAAUGUUGUCGAAAGGGUUUUGUGUGCAAUCAUUAGAAUAUUCCUUUAAAUCUUUUUUCUUCCUGAAAUGUUCACAUGUUCAAAUUAAAAACUUUUUUUUCCCAUUUUUGUUAGUAAUGGAAUGCUCCAUGAUAACUGUUUUGGUUGUUAGAGAUGCUUCUGAUGCAUACACAUCUAAUGUUUUGUUAUUUGGUAUACUAUAAAAAAUGAAUAGUCACACACCAUGUAUAAGCCUCCCAGAAAUGUAUUCGGUAAACCACUAAUGUUUCGGCAUCAUAUUGCCUUCUUCAGGGUUAUUAUUUUGUAUAAAGAAAUAUUUUGCGUUAUUAUUUAUCAUACCGAGAGAUGCGUCUGUAGUGUGAUUCUUUUUUAAACCGGCAAACAUGUUUGCUACAGUUUUAAGCAAAACUUUUUUGUGUUUGUCACUUUCAUCCCACAUCAUCUACCCAACAACAAUUGCAAAAAUAUACAUAUUGAAACGUCAUAGCACCUUUAAUUGUGAGAGUAAAUGCACUACAUUGGGUAAGACUGAUAAUGACAAUUGUACAAACUUGUUAUGUAAAAGUUUAAUUAAAAAUC